CUGUCCCUUUAAGACGGUCACGUGAUGACCUAGAAGGCGACCCGAUGGAGGAAGCAGGAAGUCUGUGAUCAAGAGCUCGAGCACAUCAACAAUAAACAAAGCACAGCUAACAAGAGAAAGAGAAACUUUCACACAGUAAUUGCAAUGGCUGGAAUUAAAGCACUGGUUGGUUUGUCCUUCAGUGGUGCCAUUGGACUCACAUUUCUUCUUCUGGGCUGUGCACUGGAACAAUACGGGGUAUACUGGCCGCUGUUUGUCUUAAUAUUCUACAUAUUGAGCCCCAUCCCGACCUUCAUAUCCAGACGCCUCAGCGAUGAUGACUCCUCCAGCAACGCAUGCAGAGAGCUGGCCUACUUCCUAACAACUGGCAUUGUAGUAUCAUCGUUUGGGCUUCCCAUUGUGCUUGCCCGGACCACCACGAUCCAGUGGGGUGCGUGUGGUCUAGUGAUGACAGGAAACGCCGUCAUCUUCCUCACCAUCCUCGGCUUCUUCGUGGUGUUCGGAGGCGGGGACGACUUCAGCUGGGAGCAGUGGUAGAGUGUCUUCGGACAGCGGACAGAUUGACGGAUGGAUGAAUAGGUGGGUAGGUGGACAGUUGGAUGAUAGACAGAAGGGCACGUGUGUCCUGCUAAAUGUCACAUUUUCUGGGCGUGUUUUCAGGCCGAUUUUUUUAUAUUAAAGGGUAUUAUGGUUGGAGAUAACACCAUAUACUCUAUUAAUGUGCCUUAUGUCUGGGAUGCUGAUGCCUAUCCACCUUCACCCAUGUAUUUUAACUUGUCUCGCCUUUUGUUAAAACCCCCAAUUCUUCAAUUCAGCCUCCUGCUAUUUCAUUGCGCUUCAGUUAAUCCACAUCAUAAAGGGAUUCCAAAUAAUAACUUUAUUGUAAUACUCAGCAAUGCUCACUGUUUUCAUUUUGUUCAAGGGGGGAAGAGGCUAUACUGAAUUAAGGCUUGCUUAUUAUUAUGAGCACUGUUUGCUGUCUAAAAUGCAAAGACAGGGCAAGUUAUUUAAUCCAUGCUAUCUGACAACUAGAAGAAUUCCUAAUCAGGUAAACCUUUAUUUGUAUGGAUUUUUUUUUUUUUUCAUUUUUGCAACAAGCCUUAUACUUUUGUUCUGGUGCAAUUGUUUACAUUCUCACCAAAGAUCAUUUUAGAGUGCGGAAAAUGCAGCAUAAUCACCGAAUCACUGUGGAUUCUGACCUUUGCUAUGCAGGGUUUGGAGAAAGUACUAUUUGGUUAAUAUCAUACAUGUUGAAUUAUUGCGUAUACAGGCCAGACAUAGACAACCACAUCCAUUUUAUAUUCCUGCAAACAACACAAAAAAAUAAUAUUAUUGACAAGAGCGUGUUAUUAGUUUGUGUUUGAUAUUUUUACAUGUUAAAUAAGGGAGAUGUAUGAUUUUAGGCCGAGUCUUUUGGUCCUAAAGGAGAGAGCUUUACCUGUAAACUCAUUCAUAAGUGCCUGUUAUCCACAGUGGGUAUUUUGAUUAAUAGAGGAAUCACUGUGAUCGUGUUUUUCACUCUUUUAUUUGUGUUUCAUCAUCAAGAGCCAUUGAAAUGUGUAAUAUUUCAUCAACAUGUUCUGUUCGUCAUGACUUUCCGCCAUUUGUAUGAUUAGAGAGACCAUCACAGAAGAUUCUAGUAAAGUGUCUGACUAUAUACUUUCUGAUAUGCUUAUUCCUUAACUGCUUUCUAUGGAAAUAUUAUACUGUAUGUUUCACAACUGACAUAAAGAAAGCUUGCUCUUUCUAUUGGGACUCCAAAACCCACACUAAGAGUGCUGAAGAGUUCUCAAAAAGUUUAUUUUUAAAGCUCCUGACUGCAUUUUGUUUUCUAACAUUGAUUAAAACUCUCUGUAUAGUGAAACAAA